CGCCAUCUUGCGAUAGGCGGUUACCGUGUAAUCGAAGUGGAUAUUCGCUCGUGUUUCGGGUGAAAGGUAAUCGAAGCCGGUUCUCAGUGCCCGAUGGAUAUAUCCGUGAGUUUCGUUGAAAAGGUGAUGCCGUACUAAAAGUAAACAGUGCGUCAAGUGCGGUGAUAAACUGUGUUAAUAAUAAUUUAACCUAAACGCCGGCCGAUCCGUUCGCCGUGCCUCCCCCUUACGUCUCCUGUCUAUUUCGUUAGUGUGUUUAAUCAUAUUAAAUAAACACGUGCACACCGUGGCGACAGGCUUCGGAAAAUCUAGUUUGUCUAAUAGGAUCAUUUGCGCUCCUCGUCGGCCCCCACAACUCCGCCGGAUAUAAACGGCGAGUAUCGCGGGCGCGGCGCGAGUCGAGGAGGAGGGCUGGUCCGUUGCAGCAGACGAUCUGCGUCGUCGUCUGUACGUACGUACAUACAUACAUACGUUACCUGAGGCGAGCGGCCCACCACACCCAGCGAGCUAGCGAGCGAGUUUCCGAACGAGCCAACGAGGGUCGAGCCGUGCGGAGUGGCGCGGAGUGCGGAGGUGGAGGCGAAGGAGAAAGAGGGAAAGAUAAAGAGUGACACAGAGCGGCUCGAAUUCGAGUCGGAGGAGAGACGUGAAACGUAAAACUCUGUACGCGGGGGGGCCUGUGGGACGAUUCAAGGCAGAGGGAAAACCGAGCGCACGGUGCCUAGCCUCCCGUUUGACCGAUCGAAACGGAACGAACCGACUCGACGAGUCCUCGCCGUGUUAUCGUCCAGCUCCAGCAGUCCCUCGGAUUCGGUGGUGGCAUAACGAAUGUAAAGUGAGUGUGUCGGUGCGUGGGUGACCAGUGCGUUCGUUCGUUCGUGCGUGCGUGCGUGCGUGUCGCGGAUCGACGACGUCGCCUGUGCUGUUCGUUGGUGCGAGUGGCGUGUGGCGUGUGGCGUGCGGUCCUCGAGUCGAGUAUAAAAAGCUCAACUCGCCGGCGAGGGGAGGAGCAGGAGUGGACAGUGUGCGGUUUUGAUGCAUCGUCGUCGUCGGCAUUUCGCUGCAGCAGGAUCGCCCCGCGGGUGAUAAGAAGAAAAAGAAGAAGAAGAAGAAGAAAAUAAAGAGGAAGAGGAAGAAGAAGAAGAAGAAGAAGCCGAAGAAAAAGGAGGAGGAGGAGGAGGAGGAGGUCGCCACCACCACCACCACCACCACCGCCGCCGCCGCCGCUGCCGGUGCCGCCGGUCGUCCAUUCACCGUUUCAGUCGUCGCGCCACGACCGCGACUCGAGCAUCGUGACGACAAAAUAACGGGGCUAAAAUAAAGGGAGAAAACGGCUGCUGCCGCACCGGAGGAGGAGGAGGAGGAGGACCACCACCGCGGUCACGGUGGCUCGGGUUCCCCGCUGCAGCACCACCGCCGCCGCUACGAGUACGACCACCACCUCCGUCGCCGCCGACGCCGACGGCAAAAGAUAAUAUCGGCUGAGCCGAGCUGAGCCGAGCUGAGCUCUGAGCCGAGCCUACACUCCACUCGGACCGACCACCACACGACGCAACACCACCCCCUCCCUCCCUCCCUCUCUCCCUCCUCCCUCCGAGGAUUUUGCCCUGAAACAUGGCGUGCUGCCUGUCGGAAGAGGCCAAGGAACAGAAGCGGAUCAACCAAGAGAUCGAGAGGCAACUUCGGAGGGACAAGCGAGAUGCGAGGCGAGAGCUCAAGCUGUUGCUCUUGGGCACUGGUGAGUCGGGAAAAUCUACAUUCAUCAAACAGAUGAGAAUCAUUCACGGUUCUGGUUACUCGGACGAAGACAAACGAGGGUUUAUCAAGCUGGUUUACCAAAAUAUAUUCAUGGCUAUGCAGUCAAUGAUCCGAGCCAUGGAUCUGCUCAAGAUCCAAUACGCAGAAUCUUCAAAUAUAGAAAAAGCAGAGCUUAUACGAAGCGUAGACUUUGAAACAGUAACGACAUUUGAAAGCCCAUAUGUAGAAGCGAUAAAAGACUUAUGGGCAGAGGCUGGGAUUCAGGAGUGUUACGACCGUCGGCGAGAAUACCAGCUUACAGAUUCCGCGAAAUACUACCUCAUGGAGAUAGACCGGGUCGCAGCGCCCAACUACCUACCAACGGAGCAGGACAUUUUGCGCGUCAGAGUACCCACAACUGGUAUUAUUGAAUAUCCGUUUGACUUGGAAGAAAUCCGGUUUAGUUAUCUUAGCGAUCUCGAACGUAUAGAAAAGCCUGACUACCUACCAACGGAGCAGGACAUUCUCAGGGCUCGAGCUCCGACUACUGGAAUAAUUGAGUAUCCCUUCGAUUUGGACUCCAUCAUAUUUAGGAUGGUAGACGUCGGUGGACAGAGAUCCGAAAGAAGAAAAUGGAUUCAUUGUUUCGAAAACGUCACUUCCAUUAUAUUUUUAGUAGCUCUAAGUGAAUAUGAUCAAAUUUUAUUUGAAUCUGAAAACGAGAAUCGCAUGGAGGAGAGCAAGGCGUUGUUCAAAACGAUCAUAACAUAUCCGUGGUUUCAACACUCCUCUGUUAUUCUGUUCCUAAACAAAAAAGAUCUUCUUGAAGAGAAGAUUUUGUACUCUCAUCUCGUCGACUACUUUCCAGAAUACGAAGGCCCACAAAAGGAGGCCACAUCAGCUAGAGAAUUCAUUCUCAGGAUGUUUGUUGACCUUAAUCCUGAUGCGGAGAAGAUUAUUUAUUCCCAUUUCACAUGCGCAACAGACACGGAAAACAUCAGAUUUGUGUUUGCGGCGGUGAAGGACACGAUUCUUCAGUCCAACUUGAAGGAGUACAAUCUGGUGUAAGUGAAAUACCUCCGAUGAACAGGCUGGAUAAAAGCUGCUUCUGUCGACCCCGUAUCAGAUCAUGGAAACAAAUAUGGACUUUGUUGAGCGAGUGACAACAAACAAGAUGGAAGAAAACAAAGUAUCUACAAGAGAUGAAAAAAGAAAUGUCCCAUGAAACCGAAAAACAUGUUUGUGGUGUCAUCGACGCAUCGCCGCUUCGUCAGAAGUGUACCAACCUUAGGUAGAAAAUUAUGCAUGGGGGGGAUUCCAGCGACAAAUAAACAAACAAACAAACAAAACAAGGACCUAAAUCUGGGAACGUUGUAUACGUUCUUUUCUAACUUUUUCACUGUCAAAACCCAACAAACUGAUUUUAAUUUCAUACUCUUUGUUGAAUUUGUUACCUUUUUAUAGCUUAGUUUAGUUGAUCAAGCCCGGCUGACUGUGACAUCGCCUCAUUUUUAUAUUAAUAUAUAAAACUAUAGGAAAAACAGUAAGGAAAGAAAAAGUAGAGAGAGGAUGGAAAAAAGAAGGAAAGAAAGAAAAUAUGAAAAAGGUGGAAAAAAAAAAUAUUAAAAAUAUAUAUAUAUAAAAAUAAAUAUAAUUAAACACGGAUAUACCGCAAACGACAAGCAUAUGGUGGUGGCACUGCAGUUGUCUGUGCUAGUUUGUCAGAAUUUUGUCCCGUAACUAUUAUGAUAAUUCGCUGAGCAUCCAAAAAAAUGAUUAGCAAUGCGAAUAUGUUCGCAGUAAAACGGGACAAGUUUUUACCAUCACGAAUAUAGUCGGUGAUCCAAGUGAGAGCAAUUCUAGUGCCAUUUAUUAGUGUGGUGUUUUUAUUGCAAGACCUUCGUUAGAUGCAAAAAACCAAAGUGUUUUUUUUUUUGUUUUGUUUUUGUUUUCAUGUCUAAUCUUUUGUUUGUUUAUAUAUUCCAAUCUACGCAAGAAAUGAGUAAGAGUUAGUUCUUCAUGUGAAUCAAAUUUAAUAUUCGUCAUAAAAAUAUUAUAACAUAUGUGUGAGUGGAUAUGUGUAUACAGACAUGUAUACCUGUAUCCAUGUACAUAUAUAUUAUACGCGAAGAAAAUAAAACAUAGAAUAGCAAAAGAUACCAAAAAGAACGAAAAGUAAGAAGAAACUUUUCCCUUUACAUGGAGAGAAGAGAGAGAGAAAAAAAAAUUUAAUUACCAUAUAUAACAUUAAAAGUCAUGAAAAUAUUAGAAAACGGCAUCUGUUUUGAUGUGAGUUUAGAUAAUCCGGAGGUGAAGGCGAAUAGGAUAAGGGGAAUAUUCAUCCUGUCGCAUAAUUCCUGCCGCUCUCUCCUCCGUUGCUGGAGCUCGGAUAAAGUAGGGGCCUGCCCUAAGAGGCGCACAAAUUCUACAUACCUACAUUAUAAUAAUAAAUAUAAUAAUAUGAAUAAUAAUAAUAAUAUUAAUAUUAAUGAUAAUGAUAAUAUUAAUACGCUCCGAGAGACAUGGAACGAACGUUAUAAAAAUUACUAAUAAAACUCGGGUUGUACCAUUUGAAGCGAAAAUGAAAAACGGAGUUUAAAAUGGUGAGAAAAACAAACAAAAUUUCUGGCAAAAAAAAAAAAAAUAAAUAAAUAAAAGAACAAAACAAAAAAAAACAUAAACAAAACAAAAACAAAGAAACGAAAACAAACGUGGGGUCGUUAACACGUUGGCGCGGCGUUAUCUGUUGCGCGGCAAGAGACAUGGCACUGCUAAUGAUAAUACGAUAAUACCUCUAGUCAGAGUCAUGUACCUCGCUCGCAUGUAUCCACCUUUUACAGUCUGUGUACGUACGUAUGAACUGCUCACUGCCUGCGCUCGCUAAUGCUGGCCGGCGCGCUGCCCGCUGCAAGUAAUCUCUGUUGGUAAUAAUAAUUGUAUCCGUCGCCGUAAAAUAAUGAUACGUAAUACGCGUAUGUAUAAAAUAAUAAUUAUUAUCACCUCAUUUUUGUGGGGGCGUGUUGUGUACAACCUUUACCCUUAGCCCAGAGAAUACUAGCACGAAAUAUAAAUUCUAUACAGUGUUUUAUUUUUUUUUUUUUUUAUUUUUUUUUAAUAUAAGUGAAUUCAAUUAAAUAAUUCCAGUUGAAUAAGUAAGGCGUUCAGUCAUGUGCAGCCUGAAAGUCGUACUUUGACACUGUGUGAACAUUGCAUCGAUAUAUGUGUGUGCGUGUGUGUGUGUAUAUAUGCACACAUAGUGUCCACACACACACACAUAUAUAUAUGUAUAUAUGUAUAUAUAUAUAUAUAUAUAUAUAUACACGUGUAUAUAUAUACAUAAAUAUAUAAUAUUACUAUUAUAGGGGACAGUAAUUAUGUCAUACCUACUUUUCAGUUGGACACUGGAAUUUAUAUGAAAAAUAUAUAAAUACAUUGGACAAAAAGUAUAAUAUUAAGAGAUAACAAAAAAUAAUAUUGAAUAAUAAUAAUAUUAAUAAUAAUAUUAAUAUUAAUAAUAUUAAUAAUAAUAACAAUAAUAAUAAUAUUAAUAAUACAGCUUGGUUUUCAGUGUGCAUGAAAAGGAGAUGUGAGUAAGCAAGCGAAUGAGUGAGUGAGUGACGAGUACAGGAGCAAGUGGGUUGGUCAAUGCGAGAGUGUGUGUGAUACGCAGAGUGAAGAACAAGCGAUGAGGGAUAUGUAUACACAGGUGUGCGGUUGAAUGACUGUGUGAGUUUAACAAGAGACAGAGCAAGAAACCCUCCGUCUGCUGCCUGACCCAAAGCGAGUGAAUGACGCAAUUUGUGGCUAUAGUUCAUUUGUAAAUCAUUUCUUGUCAAAACAAAAAAAGAAAAAAAAAAAAACAAAAAAAAAGUAUACAUUUUUCUGAAAGCAUAAUAUGUUGGGUAUUCUUUCUGUGUGUAUAAAAAAAACUGUAAACACUCCCCAAAAAACCCAAAAUGAAAUCAAUGUUUCUAACUUAUUUAUAAUAAAUAAUAUACAUUAAUGAUAAAAAAUAAAGGCAGUUUGUGACAGUAGUAGUUGGCAUGUGACAAUAUUCAUCCUGACCAAUUCCUCGUGAACGCAUCCCCCAAGUCACAUCAUUCAAGUAAAUCUAUAAAGUGUCUAGCUUAGCAAAAUAACGCAAACUAUGGAAAAUAAUGUUUCAUCCAAUCUUUUAUCAGUCUAUUCAAAUGCAACUAUAGAAUCCACACGGCAAUUUUUUUUGCGGCUGUACCAUUUUUUUCUAGUGCACGCUAGUUAUCAAGUACUAUUUCACCUUCCAUAAAAGCCGUAAAACUCAUGUUCAGAUUUUACAAAAUUCACUUAUACUUUGAAGCAAACAAAUCCUGUAAUACCAUUUUACAUGGCAUAUGUAAAAAGGAAUAGUUGACAAAUUGCGAAAUAUAUCAACUUAAUAUGCAGGCACUUUCAAUUAAUGAGUUGAUUUUAAUCACUUCGUUAAUAUGGCUGAUAAUUUGAAAGAGGUUUCUUUCGAUGGAAGAUCAGGAUCAAUUUGUCGUUACGAUAUUGUGGACCGUGUGCAAUCUUAUCGCCAUGGAGAUCAAGGACUGUGUGUCCUUGGUCAAUACUUAGUGAGCAGCUGUGAGCCCUAGGUAUACGCCUAACGCAGCAAACAACGACAACCAGACAUACAUGGAUCUACCGAAUGCGACCGUUGUGACGUCACUUGCUUAUAACGAGCUUAUGGGAAGCCAUGCAGUCGCGUCGUGGAGUAAAGAAACUUGGCAAGUUUAUUUCUACCAAAGCAACGUUUGAUAAUGUAGGACGUUGGUUCAAGAAUAUAAAAACAGUUGCCCUACUGGGCUUUGGUGUGACAACCGAAAAUCGUCAUGCGCUUGCGCUCCCUGAGAUGUUCCAAUGCUAGAGUUGAGAACUUAUUGCAGAACAUCACAGAGUUACCGAUUUCGACAUGAUGCUGGCUGCAUUCACCUUCCGAGUAACACAGUCUUCGCAAUGGUAUAACCCGAGGUGGUUAUCGGUGGUUGUUGGCAGUGGUCGGAGGUGGACGAGGAGGAGGGCGAGGAAGACGUGGAGAACAAGGUUGACGAGGAGGACGAGGAUUUGUGCUAGAUAUAACCCGAGGUGGAUUAGCAGCAUCCUGAAAAUGAUGGUGACGCCCACGGGUGACGCCUGUUCGAUGUCAGCUGCUGACAAAAAUGUGUGGCGGGUAAUCUAACAUGAGAGUUUGACUUUUGGGCCGCACAGAUAGUGAAUUUUUUGGCGUGUGUGAUUGAAAAUGAUUAAUAAAUUUAUCAGUCUGUAGGUUUGAAACAAAAUUUCAUGCCAUCAAUUUAAUUAUCUAGAUUUGCACGGGUAAAUAGUGUUUGCGUACGAAUUCUACAACCAUCCAUCGGGUGUCAGUAUGGAACGUGACUUGUAUAAUACAGUGGACUGCAAUAUAUUACAGUCGAGGUCACAUAGCAAUGCAAAAGAAUGAUUAAAAUAUUGAAUAAUAAAUCUGAAUAUUACGUCGGAAAAAAAAGUGCAACGAAUAUCAUCUCAUGCUAAAAAUGAGGGAUAUUGUGAAAUACAGUGAUUAUCGAAAAUUGGAGGUAUUACUUAAGUAAUGGCCUGCGUGCAGGUGUAAUGCUCUUUCGCAGAACAUAACAUGAAUGAUACUCUAUCAUUAGUACUUGAUGCAACCUGGAUUAAAAUGAAUAAAUGAUUGAAAAUUUG